CGGGCUGCUUCCCUUUCUAUGCUGGCGGAGGCGAGACAGUCACACUUGCACUCCCAAGGGGAAGACCUGUGCUUCAUUUCUCUCCGUCUGUACUCUCCCUCAACAAUGGUGAACGCAGAUCUCAUUUUCGGCGGAGUGGAAGGGGGCGGCACCCACUCGUGGAUCGUGCUGAUGGAUGGCAAGGGACACAAGAUAGCAGAGCUCGAGGGUCCCGCCACCAACCGCUGGCUGAUGGGCCAGAAGGAGUGCCUGGAGAGGAUCUGCAAGCUGGUCCAAGAUGCCAAGGAGAUGGCUGGAGUCUCCCAGGACACCAUCCUCGAGGGUCUGGGUCUGUGCCUGAGUGGGUGUGAGGAGGAUGAUGCCAACCGACGAAUGGAAGUGGAUAUUCUGGAACAGUUUCCUAAUUUGACAAAGCAUGUUGUUGUGGCCUCAGACACACAGGGAUCGAUUGCUACAGCCUGCCAUAAUGGUGGGAUUGUGUUGAUCAGUGGAACUGGAAGCAAUGCUCUGCUCCUCAAUCCAGAUGGCCAAACCUUCCGUUGUGGGGGUUGGGGGCACAUGCUUGGUGAUGAAGGAGGAGCUUACUGGAUUGCUGCCCGAGCUGUUAAGAUUCUGUUCGACGAAGAAGAUAAUUUGAUUGAUCCACCAUUUUGUACUGCCAAGCUGCGUAACAUUGUCUUCACCCACUUUGAAUUGAAGGAUAGGUUUGGGAUGCUAGAGCAUAUUUAUUCAACAUUUCAAAAGGCCAAAUUUGCAAGCUUAACUGCCAAGAUCAGUGAGGAAGCAGCUAAUGGGGAUGCUAUGUGUGCUCGCAUUCUCUACGAUGGUGGAUUUGCUUUGGGUCGUCACAUUUCUGCGCUCUCAAGGAAUAUGCACCCGGAUCUGCUGGCUUCAGAAGAUGGACUUCAAAUUGUCUGUUCAGGAUCCGUUUGGAAAUCUUGGGAAUACUUGCGUGAAGGUUUUGUGGAUGGAGCCAAGCCACAAUUGAAAAAGGAUCGGAUCAUCCCCAAGUUUAAACUUCUAAGACUUGCGGUCGGUGCAGUGACAAGUGCUCUGGGAGCCUCAUACUUGGGGGCACUUAAAGCAAAUUAUGAUAUGCCCCGUGACUACAAGAAGAAUGUCUCUCCGUUCUUCACGUAUAUUCAUCCUGCAUCACUGACUGCCUCUAAUAUCUCGACCAAAAGCAUCUCGACGACUGCCAAUGGCGAUGAACAUGAAAAUGUAAAUAAUUGCUUAAAUGGCAAAGUACCUGAUGCUGCAAAUGGACAAGCCAAUGGAAUGAGAAAAGAUACUCAUUCAAGUAGGAUUGCAAAUGGAAGUAACACCUGCACAGCUGACUGCAACUAACAUUCGGUUCUAAAGAAUGAGCGAGAUAAGAGUGAAUGGAACCUAAUUGUUAGUGUAAAUGAGCUGUAACAUAUCGCCCUACAAAACUGGUGUAAUAAUUAGAAAAGAACUUGCUUUCAUUUUUACACUUCCAUAGUGUGGGUUUUCAGUAUUUAUAAGUAUUGAUCUUAUUAUAAUUACAAGAUACUGUACAGUAUUUAUAUUUAGAAUGAUCAUUAGACAAUUUCUUAGAACAAGGAUCUUUAAAUGUAAUUAAAUGAAAAAUAAAUACUGAGCCACAAUUGUUAUAAUGAAAGCAAUCUUUUUCCUACUGUUAGUAUUGUCUAAAUAUAGAGGAUACAUUGAUUUUUCCUCUGAGCAUUUUAGUCUUCCAGACAUAGGUCAAAUGUAUAUUUUUACUAUGAUAUACCUUUCAUUACAUUUAAUGUUUGUAAAAUUUUGUAUACAGUACUUUAAUAGUUUGUAGAAACAUUGUAAGAUUUAAAUUUUUGUAUACAUAGGAAUUUAGUGCUGCCAUCAAGUACAGUAUAGAAGAAUACAUGUAAGGUGCUCUUACAAAUAUUGAUAACACUCAAGUUGAGGUUUCAGACAAGUUAUUUUAACACGAAGUUUCACACAUCCACCAAUAAGGAAGAUUGUUACAUUCUUACAUACUUUUCUUUUUAUUUAUGUAUAGAGUCUCAGUUGAUGCAAGAAAACUAAGGAGAAAGUAACUGUUUUGUACCCAAGUUAUGUAUUGUAUAUUUUUGUUGGCACAAAAAUUUUAAAGGAAUUCAAUUCACGAAGGAACUGAUGCAAUUGACAUCAAACUGUAUGCCACGGAUACUGUACAUUAAGUCAAAAUCCAAGUGAUAAAACCCUCAUCUAUGUUCAAUCCUAAUAGUAUUAUUCAAAUAUUGGUGAUAUAUAUAUGGAUUUUGAGAGAUGUUUGUACAUAGAUUAGAACAUCAUAAAUACCCGUAAUUUUUCAAGAGACAUGGUUAUCUUUUUGAAACCUAUCUAGUCAGUAGUUAACAAAAAUUAUGCUAAAUAUUUGAAGAUGAAUUAUCACUGUGGUAUUGCAAGAGCCAUUGUAGUAAAGUAUGACUAGCACCAGCACAAAACAGCCUUGUUAGGACACUCAACAAUGCUUUUAUGUUGUGAGUUUAGGUUUUCAAAAAUAUUUUUUAUGCUGCAAACUGAGGAGUGAUCUAAAGCACAGUUGUUAUCUCUACUUAACAAGGCAUAAGUUUUAAGAAAUGCACAUUUUUAAAGCACGUUCGAAAUGUCGAACAAUUUUACAUGUAAGUUAUUUGUAAAUGAUUACUAUAUUCUAGAAUCUAUUGUUCGGUAAUUAAUGCUCCUACUCAGACAUUUUAUAUGCAGUAUCCUCAUGUAUUAAAGACUCCAAAAGAAACGCCUGCAAUAUUUGCCAAAGAAUUUCACAUUAGUGUUUGACUAGCAAGUACAGUGCAGUACAGCAUGUGAAUUUUGUAAAAUCAAGAAGUGAAAAGUUUAACAAUUUCCAGUGUAAGAAUAUCAAGUGUCCAAAAACCAAACUUAAUUUUCCUGGGAUAGUAGAGUACUAAAUCAAGCCUAAUAUAGCAUAUAUUAAGCCUAGGAUUGCUUUUUAUGGCAUUGGGCAGGUUUUUUUUUUUUGUGGCAGCAUGCCAUUUGGGCUAUUCCAACAGAGCUUUUUGGGAAGGGAUGAGGGAGGAGCUGAACAGUCCAUUUUUACACCUGACCAAACAGUUGCUGUAAGUCUUGUUACCGGAGGCAAAGCUGAAAUUUUGAGACCUUUCACAAAUUACCUACUUUUUAUAUCCAAUGUAAUGUACUACAGUACAGUAUUCUAAAUUUUUAUCGCCCAAUAAUUUCCCUAUAGCCUGGCAUUUAUCAAUGGAUUGGUAACUUACUGUUUAGGAUUAAGGUUUUUAGAAAGAUAUUGUAUUGUAUACCUCAAGUUAAAGACGUAUUUUGAGAAACUGGUAAGCAGCUUGAAACAUUGUAAGAAACUGUUGUUUUAUUCAUAUUAUUCAUGCACUUCUGACUUAUUGAAGACACCAAUUUUAUACAGAAUUAUACAAUACUGCAUGUAAUUCAUAACUUGAAUGAACAUUACAAUAGAAAAAUUAAUGUUGAACAAAAUCAGUACAGUAUUAUCAAUAAAAAUUGUGUGUUCAUUACUCAACUAUUUAUUUGUUGCAUUAUAGAAUGUGUUGAGUCUGAGGAAUGAGAUCUGUUAUGUAAGUAUUUUUAAAUAUAUUAUGUAUAUUCAAUAUUUUACUGUGCUCCAUAAAUACCUUCCAUACUA